CAUGACUCUGCGAAGACUGUAAAACGACGUCCGUUGAACGGCCACUGUGAACAAAAUGGAUGGUUCCUGGCAACGCUCGUCCAGACCGGAGCUGCGUCCUGAUCCCGCCUCUUAUCCCUCGACAUAUUCGCGCGAGGCCUCCCCUUAUUCCAAUAUCGGCAGCCAAUCGCACUUGAACCUUUUGAACAACAGUGCCAAUCCACCGGCCGACCCACCAAUUGUCUUUCUGUCUGGAAAUAAUGAUCUGGUCGAGGACCAGGCCAGUCCGCCACUGCAUCCUUCAGUCACUUUGACUGCCGUCUCAGACGUCAGUAGAAGAAAAUUGGCACCCUUGGACUUCUGGCCGCCGAUUUUGAAAUGGUAUUCAACGAUAUUUUUGACAAUCUUGUAUCUCGGCACAGCCGGCGCGAUUGUGGCACUCUGGCUCGCAGCUGGAACCAAUGGCCAAUACCACUUGUCGAGCGAAAAUGUUCGCAUGAUAUCGCGGUACUUUCCCUCGGCGUUGGGCACCCUCAACGUCAUUCUGUUCCGUCAACUUGUUCGUGAAUAUAUUCGGAUGAAACCUUUCGUGGAGAUGGCGGACCAAGGCGAGGAAGAGAGCUCCGGAAAGCCGCCCAGCAAAGGUGUCAGUGGGGCGUUCUUUCCAUGGCAGGAUAUCACCAUUACUCGAGGCAUGACUUCGAUCAUCUCCCUAUUUUGUCAACUAAUGGUUGGGUUCAUCGUCAGUUUGAAGGUUGCACUGCUAGCCAGCGGUCCCGCCACGCUCGAACACACCGGCCAGGAAGCCACAGCAGGUUGGACUCUGACACUCCGAGUGUGGCCGGCUUUCUUCCUCAUCAUCGGACAUGUCAUAAUGGCUGCUUACGUGCUUUGGGUUGCUCACCUCAACCGCGGAAAGUCGACUGGCCUCAGAUGGGACCCUGUUACCAUUGCCGACUACUGUGCCCUGUUUGCACACUGUAACGUUGCGGAGUACUUCUCAGCGCUUGAGUUGCUCCACAACCGCAAAGCAAAGCAAGUCUUGUCGACAAACCAUCUGUUUCGACUGGGUUACUGGGAAAAGCCCAUUCCUGGAUCGCCCAAUAGAAGUCAUUUGGUAUACGGCAUUGGCACGACUUGGACCGCAGCAGAUCGUACAUCAACAUCAUUUGAACCUAGCUGGUACGACCGAUUGAUCGGAAAUAAAAAGGGCCCAACCCCGGUAGACGAUUGUAAUAAGUACAGGAGUGACGACGAGCGUUUACCUUGCAACCAAGGAACGUGGCCAGAAUGCGAACACUAUCCCUACCGCCAUAGCCCUGGUUGCGGAAAGGGCUGGGUCGUUUUGUCUGUAGCCCUGGCCUGGGCAGGACUCGCCGUUGCCGUCUACGGACUUAUCAAUGGCAUAGUUUUCAAUGGGUUUCGCCUGAAGAAGGACUGGAGCAUCCCAUCAGACAUGUCGGUUACUGCUGGGAAUCACACAUUCAACCUGCCACCUAUCGACCCGACAGACCCAGAAUCAAAGCUUAUUGUGUAUGCGUUAUUGUUCCGCUCAGCGCCAGUCUAUGUGGCCGGCGUGUUCACAGCCACAAUUAUUGAGUGGGUGGACGUCAACAUGCGAUUCAUGCAACCGUUUAUCAACAUGUUUGGCAAACCGGGGGAUGCAGCGGAUACCGUCCUCCUCGCGUACAUCACCACGUCCCCUUUCCAGGUACCUAUCACGGCGAUCGAGAAGGGCCAUUACAAAGUCGCGGCCUUCUCAAUCUUGAACACCCUCUCACCGUUGUUCCCGAUCUUCAUUGGUGGCCUCCUCCAGCUCGAGGAUGACGACCAAAUGGUCCUGUUCAACUUUUCUCUGUCAGCCUAUAUCGGUAUCAUGGUGUUUCUAAGUGCAUGGAGCGUCGCAUUGCCAUUCGCAUUCCCCAUUCAGAAGAGGCUUCUCCCGCGCCAAUUCUACAGUAUGGCGGAUUUAAUGGCAAUGUGCCACAAGUCCUACUUUCUGCAACGGCGUUAUCUUGACUUUGCGGACAAGAGGCGCACCCCGUCAAAGGACAUCAUGGAGGCUCGCAUCCUUAUGUCAGGGGACAGAUUCUUGUUUGGUCACUACACGGACGACGAGGAUAGAAAGCACAUUGGGUUCGACAUCCACAGCACUGUGGACUACAACUCCGGCGACGUGGACGAGACACACCUCGUGGUCGCUGUCACGCCUGCGGGUGAAAUAGACAAGCUCACCAGCCAAACGAUCAAAACCAUGACAAACCUCUUUCGCAAUACCGGCAGAGUCCAGAACAGCGGCAAAGGGUUCGUUGCAUGGGUACGGCGAAUGCUGCGAAGCCAGCCAGGAAGCCCGGCAGAGAGGGAAAUGAGCUUCCUAGCUCCUCGGGGAUCCGCCACUGGCUCACAUCUCGAGGGGCAGCAGGAGGCGCGGCAGCGACCUGUUGUGGCGUUCGCCGCCGAACUGGGUUGACUAGACGACGGCUUGACAACUCUAUAAACGGACACAAGAUCAGUUGGCGGAUUCCUGGUCAAAAAUUCGCCUGCGGGCGGCACCAGGAGGAUCCGGCAACACCUUAUAGUGCUCGCUAGACCUAAUACCGUUUGGCAAUUAUUUUGCGAUUCUCAAGGCUGUCGUCUCCGUCAAGGCGCUUCCCAAACGGCGUGGGCUCAAGUAUGCUAGUCUCCAGUCCCCCGUUGGAUGGAUCGAUAUUCUAAGGCCAGCAACCAGGUUCGGAUGUAUACACAACUUCUACAUCGCUAAGUAACCGCUACCGGGAUUA